ACUACAGACUUGUGACAGUGAGACUGAGAGAAGACGACAGAGACCAAGUUAUCUAGUUUAUUCAUAAUAACGGGAAAAUUUAUGUCUCAAGUAAAUAAUAUCUUUGUGUCAUUUAUGGAAUGCUGACCAUAAAAGGCCGGGGAUAGUAUAAUAUCAUCCUGUUAUGGGCUUCUCAUGGAACAAAGAGCCUUGCAGACCGUACCUAGUCUUACUGGACUGCUAGCAGUGUACAUGUACCUUAGUAUAUGGUUAUGAAUAUGAUUAAUUGUACUGAAAAUCAGUACAUCAGGCCUAGUCUAUAUAAUAAGGUAGGAGCAGCUCAUGGUGUAUAUCUCAAGACUGCAGUAAUCAGCAUACCUAAAGUUGCUGGCUAUUUGUCAAGAUGAUACAAGGCAUUAUAGCACAUGAAAAUGCAGUGCUAGGUACAUAUAGGAAACUUGCAUGAUUCCUGGUUUUGAUAACUAGAAAUAACACAAAUCAAAAUGAAUGGAGUGGACAGCCCCCUUCCAGACGGACAAGAAAAGGCCUUACACAAGACCCUCAGUGGUUUUGAUCAUGAAAAGCAAGCUAAAGACAAGGCCCAUAAAUGUCAUAUUUGUGGAAGAGGUUUCACUCUUCAGGCUUUUCUCAAGACCCACUUACUUAGGCAUGCUCCUACAGUCCCAUACGAUUGCUCUGUGUGUGGGAGAGUGUUUGGAAGAAAGUGUGAUUUCAGAAACCACAUGAAAAGUCAUCAAAAUGAAAUUAUGUUUAAUGACUUACACUCAGACAAUUUAGGCUUUGUUCAAAAAAGAAAAAGUGAAGACAUUUCCAGUGAUGAUGAAAAGUUUUCAUUAGAAUCAGAAAGUGAUAAAACAGGAAGUCCUGGGUGCAAUAUAUCAUUUCAUUUCAGUGGAGAUUCACAUUACAGCCCACGUACAGAGAAACCUUAUGGUAGCAGUGAUCUCUUUGUAUGCACAGUAUGCAAAGAUGUAUUUUCAUCUGAAGACUUAUUUAGAAAACACCGUGAUUCCUUAACACACCAGUGUGAAACAUGUGAAAAGUAUUAUUCCUCUUGCCACAGUCUUAAACUUCAUGAAAAAUCCCAUGUCACAAAGAUUAUUUGUAAAAUAUGCAACAAGAUAUUUGCAUCAAAACAGAGUUUGAGGAUGCACGCGUACUGCCACGCUGGAGAGGAGAAGUGUUGGAUUUGUGAAAAGAGAUGUAAAAAUAAGAGAAUACUUAGACUGCAUAUGACUAAAACUCACAAAAAAAGUUCGCUGGUAAAGUGCAAGGAGUGUGGCCAGAAAUUUAAGCGGAGUGAACUUAUUCAACACAAGUUUGUUCAUAGGGGCCAGGAAACUUACACAUGCAAAGAAUGUGGUUCUAACUUUAAUGCCUUGUAUAAGCUUGAGAAUCACAUAAGGUUUCAUAAACACACUAAAAAAAAAUGGAAGUGUGAUAUUUGUGGGAAAGAAUUAGCAACAAAGUAUGCAUUGGAGACUCAUACAUCAACACACACUGGAGAGCAAGAAUGCUCUUUCUGUGGACUUAAGCUAUUAAAUGAAGGCUGUUUGAAACGACACAUUGCAAGCACCCACGAGGGAAAAGUUGCUGAUAGGAAGAGUGAAAAAAAAGUGCAGUGUGAUAUGUGUGGUAAUAUGUACGGUAAAAGUUAUAUAGAGACUCACUUGAAGAUUCAUGCAGGUCAGAAGGAUUUUCACUGCUAUAAGUGUGGAAAGAAAUUUGUAUCCAGAACUAAUUUAAGAGAACACCAAAGAAGUCACAAUGUAGAAAAGAGUUACUGCUGUACAAUGUGUGAUAAAAAAUUUGUCACAAAAAAGUCCCUAACUAUUCAUACCAGGAAACACACUGGAGAGACACCUUAUGAAUGUUCCAUUUGUUCAAAGACUUUUGUCACUUCCUGGACUCUGAAAAAUCAUCUCAGAUUACAUGACCUCGUGGAAGCAUUUUCAUGUAAACUUUGUGGGAAGAAAUUUAGUCAGAAGAAGUCCUUAUUAGCUCAUUAUGCUGGAGAUUCCCAUUCAAAAGAGGAUUUGCAGCAGUUGGACUCAGAAACUUUAAAUUCCAUAACCAAAAAGUAUGUGUGUUCAGUCUGUGGAAGAAAUUGCUUUGAGAAGACAAGGUUAACAUUCCACAUGAGGGUUCAUACUGGAGAAAAGCCUUAUAAGUGCUCUGACUGUGGCCAAAUGUUCCGAGUAGAAUCAGCUCUCAAGAUUCACAGUAAAUUACAUGGUGGAAAAAUGCUAUUUGAGUGCAGAGUGUGCAAAAAGCCAUUCCCUCGUCAGUCGCAGGCAUUAAAACACGAACAUCUUCAUAAUGGUCAGAAACCUCACUUAUGUACUAUAUGUGGGAAAACCUUCACCACAAAGAACAGUUUAAAGUUACACGUAGAAAGGCAUGCUACAGAAAGUGUUUACGCAUGUAGUACUUGUGACCAGGAGUUCCCUACAAAACGUAAAUAUAAGGCUCAUCAGAAAUCCUGUUCAAAUGGAAUUGGUGCCCAGCCUCAAGUCAUUGAGUCUAGUAGUUUAGACUGUUCUGAUAUAACGUAUUAUGGAACCAUGGAGAAUGUUGACAUCAAGGAGGAUGUGCAAAGGCAAGACUUGAAAGAAUUGAAGAGUGUUUUGGAAGAAGGUAUGCAGUCUAUUGAAUGCUCUGAAUAUUACAGUCUAUGUGAGGAUAUUGACUGCAUUAAGAAAGAUCUGGUUGUUCUUGAAAUUGAUCCAAUAGACUUUGAGGAUAAAGAUGUUUACUGAUACCGUAAAGCUUCAUAAAUACUGUUUAAAAGAUACAGUGUAUUGAGGUGUAUUUACAAGAAAUAUAUUUUAUAUACUUUUGUAGAAAAAAAAAUAGUAUGUC